AUGCCUUCUUUUGCGACCCACCCUAAUGACACAGAAGCCAUGGAAAAGCGGAAGUUCUUGAACAGCAUCCAGGAAAGAAGAACUGAAGCCGGGAAACUUGUUGCUGGUGUAGCUGCUGUAUGCAACAGUGAGAACUUCAAGGCGCCGGCAUACAAUAAGCCAAACGCCAAAUGCUGGGACUCUCAUCUCAGCAAAGAGAGCCUGUCCCGGCCGCUAUGCAUUCUCAAACAGGCCGCUGGUUACAUCAACAAUCCCGACAUGGUCUCGCUCGGAGGUGGACUCCCAUCCAGCGAGUGCUUCCCAUUCUAUGACUGGAGUUUCCGUGUGCCCAUGCCACAGGACUUCCCCAGCAAGGAUUCAGCCUCGGCAGAUUGUCCCACGACUCAGACCGUCAGCAUCGGGAAGCAUGACGUGAAAGCUGGAAUAUCCGAGUAUGAUCUUUCCAUUGCCCUCAACUAUGGCCAGGCCACAGGUUCUCCUCAGAUGAUGCGGUUUAUCACCGAGCACACGGAGCUGGUGUACAACCCGCCCUAUGCCGAUUGGAAGGUCUGCCCGACAGUCGGAAGCACCGGUGCUCUUGAGCAGACUAUUCGUAUGCUUUGUGAUCGCGAGAGGGGUGACUCUAUCCUUACCGAAGAGUAUAGUUUUUCCACAGCGCUGGAAACCUUCCUCCCUCAAGGGAUUAAGCCGGUUGGUGUUCAAAUGGAUGAUGAAGGACUCCUUCCGGACAGCAUAGAUGAAAUUCUCAGUUCGUGGGAUGAGAAGGCACGUGGAUGUCGUAAACCGCAUAUUUUAUACACCAUUCCCUCGGGACAGAACCCAACCGGCGCGACUCAGAGUCUCCAGCGACGUCGUUCCGUCUAUGCCGUCUGUCAGAAACACGAUAUCUUCAUCAUCGAGGACGAGCCAUACUACUUCAUUCAAAUGCCUCCAUACCAAGGCAAGAAAAUUGAUGGUCCUGAAGUCUCCGAGGAUGUCGAAUCUUUCCUUGCCGGGCUUGUUCCGUCGUACCUAAGUCUCGAUGUUGAUGGCAGAGUGCUGCGCAUGGAUUCUUUCUCGAAGGUCCUGGUUCCGGGUUCGAGAUUGGGAUGGGUUACAGCGAGUGCGCAAAUAAUUGAGCGUUUCAUUCGGCAUGCCGAGGUUGCCAACCAGGGACCCAGUGGAGUUUCACAGAUCCUGCUAUGGAAAUUGCUCGACGAAACUUGGGGCCAUGAAGGCUAUCUGAAGUGGCUGAUUUCAUUGAAGAACAGCUAUACUAAGAAGAGAGAUAUGCUUCUUGCUGCUUGUGAUAAGUACUUGCCAAAAUCUGUUGUCAGUUGGAGUCCGCCUACAACAGGCAUGUUCCUCUGGCUGAAAUUAGAUCCGUUGCAGCACCCGGAAUAUCCCGGCCGCUCAAUCGAAGAAAUCGAAGGAGGAAUCUUCGAUCAAGCUAUCAAAAACAACGUCCUCUGUGCUCGUGGCACUUGGUUCCGUGCUGAGCCAAGCACGCCGUCACGAGGUAUGUUCUUCCGUGCAACAUACGCAAGUGCAACCGAGGAGGCUAUGGGCACUGCUAUCCAGCGAUUUGGCGAGGCGAUUCGCCAAUCUUACCACAUUGACCAAUGA